AAUAAAUUUUCUAAUGGCUUACACUUCUUUGCUUUCUUUUAGCGUUUGCUUGCUUGUUCUCUUCCAUGGCUGCUUUGCUCAGAUAGAUCUCGUCACUAACCAUCACCAGGAUCAACCUUGGGGGCAGCCUCAGCAACCUCAGCCACGUCACCAAUCCCAAUGCCAACUCCAGAACUUGAAUGCUCUUCAGCCUAAGCACCGGUUUAGGUCAGAGGCUGGUGAAACUGAGUUCUGGGACCAAAAUGAGGAUCAAUUCCAGUGUGCUGGUGUUGCUUUCCUACGUCAUAAGAUCCAGCGCAAAGGACUUUUAUUGCCUUCAUUUACCAGUGCUCCUAUGCUUUUCUAUGUUGAACAAGGGGAGGGUAUUCAUGGGGCGGUCUUCCCAGGUUGUCCCGAGACAUAUCAAUCACAGUCGCAACAAAGUAUACAAGAUAGGCCACAAAGAGAUCAGCACCAAAAGCUCAGACGGUUGAAGGAGGGUGAUGUGGUUGCCUUGCCUGCUGGAGUGGCUCACUGGAUUUUCAACAAUGGGCGGUCUCAACUUGUGUUGGUCGCACUUGUUGAUGUUGGCAAUGAUGCCAACCAGCUCGAUGAGAACUUCAGGAAAUUCUUCCUUGCUGGUAAUCCACAAGGAGGUGUGGUAACAGGAGGUCAAAGCAGAGACCGAAACCAAAGGCAAAGCAGAACCCAGAGAGGGGAACGGGAGGAGGAAGAGUCGCAAGAGAGCGGCGGAAACAAUGUGCUCAGUGGCUUUCGCGACAAUCUCCUGGCGCAGGCUUUCGGAAUUGAUACCAGGCUAGCAAGGAAGCUACAAAACGAAAGAGAUAACAGGGGAGCCAUUGUUAGAAUGGAGCAUGGAUUUGAGUGGCCCGAGGAAGGGCAGAGGCGACAAGGACGUGAAGAGGAGGGAGAAGAAGAAAGAGAACCGAAAUGGCAGAGGCGACAAGAAAGUCAAGAAGAGGGAUCUGAGGAAGAAGAAAGAGAAGAACGAGGAAGAGGAAGGAGAAGGUCAGGAAACGGCUUAGAAGAAACAUUCUGCUCAAUGAGACUGAAACACAGGACCCCUGCUUCCUCUGCUGAUGUUUUCAACCCACGAGGUGGUCGCAUCACCACAGUUAACAGUUUCAAUCUUCCCAUUCUCCAAUACCUCCAACUCAGCGCCGAGAGGGGAGUCCUUUACAAUAAUGCUAUCUACGCUCCUCACUGGAACAUGAAUGCCCACAGCAUUGUUUACAUCACAAGGGGAAAUGGAAGGAUUCAAAUUGUGUCGGAAAAUGGAGAGGCGAUAUUCGAUGAGCAGGUUGAGAGGGGUCAGGUCAUAACCGUACCCCAGAAUCAUGCAGUGGUGAAAAAAGCAGGAAGGCGAGGGUUUGAAUGGAUAGCAUUCAAGACAAAUGCCAAUGCCAAGAUUAGUCAGAUUGCUGGACGUGUCUCCAUUAUGCGAGGAUUGCCGGUGGACGUGCUGGCCAACUCCUUUGGUAUAUCCCGGGAGGAGGCCAUGAGGUUGAAGCAUAACAGACAGGAGGUGUCGGUUUUUAGCCCAAGGCAAGGCUCGCAACAGUAGAUCAAACAACUAAUCUAGGUGUACGUACGUACGUAAUUGCAUCAACAAUAAAACCCAGAUCCCAAUAUCUGGAUUCGGAAUAAAUAUAUAUAUAAAUAAAAUAAAACAUGGCCUUAACAGCAUGCAACUUUAGUUUCUACUCUACAACUUGCAUGUAUUUAUAUAUGUGCGGGAGCAAUGUUUUGUAAUCCAGCUAAAUUAAAUAAAAGUAAUAGUAAACAA